UGUUACUAUCAACCCGUUCGCUGGUAUUUGUAGGCUCCCACUUCCCCGUAAAAUACCGCGAGCCUUUUCAUGUUCAGAAUUAUUCCAGCAGUUGCCACCUCGCUACGGAGCCGCGUGGUUCGUGUCUACUGCUCUGCGAUUCUUUUCAAUUUGUACUCGCGUAGCUACGAUAUUAGAACCAACCAAGAUUAUGGCAGCCAAACGACGUGUUUGUAUUAUCGGAUCCGGAAACUGGGGCUCGGCUAUCGCCAAGAUAGUUGGAACAAAUGCUAGUAAACACAAUAGCUUCGAGGAUCGCGUCACAAUGUACGUGUAUGAAGAAAUAAUCAACGGGAAAAAACUCACCGAGAUCAUAAAUGAGACUCACGAAAAUGUAAAGUACCUUCCAGGACACAUACUACCAAAAAAUGUGGUUGCUGUUCCUGAUGUAGUAGAGGCUGCUAAAGACGCUGAUAUUCUUAUUUUUGUAGUUCCACAUCAAUUUAUAGAUAAGAUAUGUAGUACUCUACUAGGAAAUAUUAAACCUACAGCUGUGGGUCUCUCUUUGAUAAAGGGAUUCGAUAAAAAGGAAGGAGGUGGUAUUGAACUUAUUUCCCAUAUCAUUUCAAAAAAGCUUCAUAUUCCUAUGUCGGUUCUUAUGGGAGCAAACUUGGCAUCCGAGGUAGCUGAGGAGAUGUUUUGCGAAACAACUAUUGGUUGCAAAGACAAAGCUAUGGCUCCAGUACUGAGAGACCUGAUUCAAACAUCAUACUUUAGAGCUGUAGUCGUCGAGGAUGUUGAUUCUGUUGAAUGUUGUGGAGCACUAAAGAACAUAGUAGCUUGUGGCGCUGGUUUCGUUGAUGGUCUUGGAUUAGGCGACAAUACAAAAGCUGCGGUGAUCAGAUUAGGUCUUAUGGAAAUGAUUAAAUUCGUGGACGUAUUUUUCCCUGGUGGAAAACUCGAUACCUUUUUUGAAAGUUGUGGCGUAGCGGAUCUUAUUACUACAUGUUACGGUGGCCGUAAUCGCAAAGUUUCAGAAGCAUUUGUAAAAACUGGCAAGACAAUCGUAGAAUUGGAAAAGGAAAUGCUGAAUGGACAGAAAUUACAAGGUCCUUUCACUGCCGAAGAGGUAAAUUAUAUGUUGAAAGCAAGAAAUAUGGAAAACAGAUUCCCACUUUUCACAGCUAUACAUCGGAUUUGCAUUGGUGAGAUAAAGGCUACGGAGCUAAUUGAAUACAUACGCAACCAUCCGGAACACAUGUAAGCUCAAUUGUCACCACCGCACGGUGGAUUAGUUUAAAUUCCUGACCUUUAUCCAAAAUUGAUGUAGUAUCAUAGGUAUUUUGUUUGACGCAUUGUACAAAUUUAUUUCUGAAAUCAUUCUCGAUAUAUUUUUCUGCUAUUACAUGAAAAUACAGGAAUUCAGCAAAGAACAGCAUGUAAAUAUGUAAUAUUUAUUGAGAACGAUCGGACAUGUUUAUUUUUAUACAAAACACUGAGAUUUAAAUUUCAGUUUGUUGAAAAAUUGCUAUUUUAAUAAUAUAAAUUUUUAUCUUGUCCGUAUCUUGCCGCGACAAAACUAUUUUGUUUAACCAUGGUCCUGAUUGCACUGAUGUUGCUGUUCCAUUAUUUUAAUAUACGUAUAUGAAAAAGAUCGAUAGAAUUGUACAAAGUACCUAAUACUGACAGUGAUAUGUAUCAUAUGUAUAAACAUGUACAUAUAUGUAAAAAGUUAAUCAUUGUGCACACCUCGGUAAAAAUAGCUAUAUAUUUUUUCUAACGAACCUAUUCUUGACUUAUUUUAGUCAAUAAAAUAUUUUAUGUACGCCUAAAGUGAUUUUAAUCGCUCGCUAAAACAAGUACCAAACACGUUUCAUUAUGCUCGGAAAAGAAUGAAGCACAUUUUUAUCAUCAUACGAAUCAUCUCGUUUUCGUUGAAACGACAACUUAUGUUCGAGAAAAAAAUUUAUGUAAAGGAAUGUAUUUGAAUGUGUUAUGCUCCGUUUACAGUUAUCAUAAAAUCAUUUUAAAAUUAACCAGAUGCAAAAAAUUUUAUUUCAUUCAUAAAUAUAA